UUCUGUUCGCUUGUACCAUCAUCUCCCAUUUCUUCUGUUCAUCGUUCUUCUUCCAAGCUUCACUUUCACGACGACGUCUGGUAGAUUGGAACCUCCCGAUCACUUUUCUCAGUCGCCGAAGCUUUCUCUUCAUCUUCUCAUUCCCCUACGCUGCAUUCCGUAGCGGGUAUUUCGAAUUUGCCAGAGGCCAUGGAAAACGCCUCAAGAAAAUGGCGUUUCCAAGUCGAUUCGGAACCCAAUAAGUCCAUCAAUCUCUCAAUCUAUGCAGUUCUCGAUAUGAUUAGGCAGAGCCUCGACAAAAAUGACCAGAGGAUAGUUGUUCCCCUUGGUUAUGGCGACCCUUCCAUUUUUCCUUGCUAUCAUACUGAUGUAGCCGCUGAAGACGCCAUAGCCGAUGCUGUUCGCUCUGCAAAGUUCAAUUCCUACUCUCCCAGUCUUGGCAUGCCCGAAGCCAGAAGGGCGGUUGCCGUUCAUCUAUCUCGUGAUCUUCCGUAUAGUUUGUCGGCAGAUGAUGUUUAUCUAACAGCUGGGUGUGUACAAGGAAUUCAAACCGUAUUAACGGCUCUAUCUUUCUGUGGCCCAGGCGCCAAUGUGUUGCUUCCAAGGCCUGGGUUCCCAAUCUAUGAGAUGCGAGCUGAUUUCGCUCAUAUUGAAACUCGCCAUUUCAAUCUUCUCCCUGAAAGGAAUUGGGAAGUCGACCUCGAUGCUGUUGAAGCUCUAGCAGAUGAGAGAACUGUUGCGUUGGUCAUCAUCAAUCCAGGAAAUCCAUGCGGUAGCGUUUACUCUAGAGAACAUCUGCAGAAGAUUGCAGAAACAGCUAGUAAACUUGGGAUUAUGGUAAUCUCUGAUGAAGUUUAUGCCAAUCUCACUUUUGGCUGUAACCCAUUUGUCCCAAUGGGAGCAUUUUCAUCAAUUGCUCCUGUUGUUACUCUCGGAUCAAUAUCUAAGAAAUGGGUUGUGCCUGGAUGGCGAUUUGGUUGGAUUGUUCUUAAUGACCCACAUGGGAUUCUUCAUCAAUCUAGGAUUGUUGAGCGCAUCAAGAGCUAUAUCACUUUCACAAUGGUUCCUGCAACAUUCAUUCAGGCAGCCAUUCCUCAAAUUUUAGAGACAACGAAGGAUGAUUUCUUCUCCAGAAUAAACUACAUGCUGAGAGAGGCUGUAGAUACUUGUUAUGAGGGAGUUCAGGAAAUCCCCUGCAUCACUUGUCCCAAAAAACCAGAAGGCUCCAUGUUUAUGAUAGUGAAACUUGAUCUGUCUCUUCUGGAAGGCAUUGAAGAUGAUUGUGAGUUCUGUGUUCAGUUGGCUAAAGAGGAAUCUGUCAUUAUUCUUCCUGGCGCUGCGGUUGGGUUGAAGAACUGGUUACGAAUAUCUUUUGCAAUUGAUAUCGAAGCACUUAAAGAAGGCAUUCGGAGGCUCAAAGCCUUCUGCCAAAGGCAUGGUAGAGGCACUCAAGCUUGAUUCAAUCACGUAAGAUUUGAAAUAAUACCCAAAACAGAGAUGAUAGGUUGGUAAAUUCUCUAGUAGUACUUCUGUUCUAAAGUUUUUUUCAGCGUUGGUUAAUAUAUUAAAUAAGCCAAUUUGAACAACUUCCGUUCAACCAAGAGGUCAGAGAUUCAAAUAUGUACUCUUUGCGGGUAUGAACAUAGAUUAGCGGUUUAGACACUCCUAAUUCUUCUUUGACUUUGUA